AUGGCGGCGCACUGAUAGCGGCUAAAGGCGGCGGAGCCGGAGCCGGGCUUUGGGGCUUUAGGAAUAUGUUUAAAACGCCAUGUAGCAAGCUGACAGGUGCGGUUGGUGCCAGCGUUUUCCAGAGGUUUGGGAAGCGGACCGCGAGCCAGCGGAGUAGUCGCGGCCUGGUGCAGCUCUGCCGAGGUUGUUCCGGGGAAUGGGUCACCUGGCAGCGCUGCAGCUACCUGCAACGGCAGUAUGUGAUGAAGAGCGGUGCUGAGCUGCAUCAGAGAGCCAGGCCGGUGCAGCGGGAGGCGGUGGAGGACCAGCCACCCCUCCCGCUCCUCCCCAAAGCGGGCGGGAGGACCGAGGCUCCCCCCGCGCCGGGGGCGGGGCCAGACUCCUCCCGGGAGGAGCGUCUCGAGAGGCAGUGGAAAGAGAUGAGGCUGAGCCCGGAGGACCUGCCGGAGGUCUACUCCCAGCUCUCCAAAAUCAAACUCACAGCUUUGGUUGUCACGACAACGGCGGCCGGAUACGCGAUGGCCCCAGUGCCCUUUGACCCCAGCGUCUUCAUGCUGGCGUCCCUGGGGACCGGCCUGGCUUCCUGCGCUGCCAACUCCAUCAACCAGUUCUUUGAGGUUCCGUUCGACUCCAACAUGAACCGCACCAAGAACAGACCGCUGGUUAGAGGCCGCAUAAGCCCUCUCCAUGCUGUGUCCUUUGCAGCGCUCUGUGGGGUGACGGGGGUCAGCCUCCUCACCCUGCUGGUGAACCCGCUGACAGGCUUCCUGGGGGCCCUGAACAUCUUCCUGUACACCUGCUGCUACACCCCCCUGAAGCGGCUGAGCAUUGCCAACACCUGGGUGGGGGCGGUAGUGGGGGCCCUCCCCCCAGUCAUGGGCUGGACGGCCGCAACCGCUGCGCUCGACCCAGGGGCUCUGUUGCUGGGCGGGUUUCUGUACAGCUGGCAGUUCCCCCACUUCAACGCUCUGAGCUGGAACCUGCGGGAGGACUACUCCCGCGGCGGCUACCGCAUGAUGUCCGUCACGCACCCGGCGCUGUGCAGGCGGGUGGCCCUGCGCCACAGCCUGGCCCUGGUGGGGCUGUCCUCCCUGGCGCCCGCGCUGGGCCUCACCUCCUGGAGCUUCCCGCUGGUGUCCCUGCCCAUCAACCUGUACCUGAGCCACCUGGCCUUCCGCUUCUUCCGGGACUCGGACCGUGGCAGCGCCCGCAGGCUGUUUUUCUGCAGCCUGUGGCACCUGCCCAUGCUGCUGCUGCUGGCCCUCACCUGCAAGAGGCCCCAGAGGGACGCGGAGAGCCAGGCGCUGGCCGCGCCCCUCUCCGCCCCCCUGACGGUCCUGCCUCCCGUGCCCACACUCCUCUCUGCCCCUGCGCUGGCCCCGUCCCCCACACUGGCCACGCCCCCUGUGCCGGCCCUUCUCUCAUGCCCCAUGCUCAGCCUCAGCCCCACCCUGCAGAGCUAGCAGAGGCCACACCCAGAUGCCUGACCAAUCAGGAGCAGAGGCCACACCCAGGUGCCUGACCAAUCAGGAGCAGAGGCCACACCCAGGUGCCUGACCAAUCAGGAGCAGAGGCCACACCCAGGUACCUGACCAAUCAGGAGCAGACACCACACCCAGAUGCCUGACCAAUCAGGAGCAGACACCACACCCAGAUGCCUGACCAACCGGGUUGAUUGGACACGUGGACUGCAUGGGGGGACUGUGUCAACCAGCAGCCCCUCCCAAAAAUGCCUCCUUUUGCUGUCGGCCCCGAAGAAGCACAUCGUUUCUGAACUCCAGCAAGCCUGUAAAUUAGUCAUUUAUAUCACAGGGAUAUUUAUUGAUACAUAUGUGAAUACACCACCCAUCCUGUCUUAUGUUGUGAAUGGCUGUGCUAUGGUGUACAUACAGAUUCGACCUGUCUGAGUGGACAGGAGAGGUAAUCCCAUUUUUAACAUGGUUUGUCAACUGGCAAAGCUCAGUAUCAUUCAGUUCAUCUGACAGAGGCAGUAAAGCUGUGUUUUUUGCUGUUCUUAGGCGUUAUUUUGUUUUAUUUAUUUUUUAUAUCUCAUGCUUUGGAAUGACCAGUUAUGUGAGUCUCUUCUCGCCAGGGGAACGUCCGCAUGCGGAGCAGGGAUACA